AUGCUCCGCUUCCAGUGGUACGGUGCCAGAAUCUUCACAGGCCAGAAGUUCAACAUCAGCAAACCCUUCUCGGCAGGACAGUAUUGGCUCUGUCUUGAGCUGGUCGCAGCAGAUGGCAGCCUGAUCAUCGCCCGUCAGCAAGAUGAGCUGUACUCGAUCGCGUGCGAAGUGGCUACUAUGCAGUUCGUGCGGCGGAAGCUCCCAGCGGUCACAGUUCCUUGCGUAUACGCAUACGAAGGCCCUGGAUCGCCAUUUGCGGCCGACGCAGGCGCCGUAUCGGCCGCUAUCCACCGCGUCCGCCGAGGGGCUAGCAGCCCAAGAACUUUUUCCAACAUUGCCGAGCACUUCACCGCAGUCGGAGAAGCCGCACUCAGCAAGCUGAACCUUCACGCUGGAGACACAGACGGAGGCACGCAGUUCUUGCCUCAGCUAGGUGCCCUCGUCUUCCUCGACAUUUUCCGGAACACACCUUUGUUCGCAGACGACUGCCCCAAGGCAGCGUUUCCCCUCAACCACAUGGACCUCGGCACGCAAAACAUUCUGAUCGACGACGCCUUCAACUUCCUCGCUAUCAUUGACUGGGAACUUGCUCAGACGGGCCCAUGGCGGGUCAACCACUACCCCAUGCCAUUCCCCUUGCUCUGGUCGGAUCAGGACAUCAACAGCAUUCUUGGGAACCCGGACCACAUUGCUCACGGAAACGUAUCGCGCCAGGCGGCUGCUCGGAAGAUGUAUGCUCAGGAGUUUUGGGAGGUCGAAGAGGGACUUCGCGAGGAAGGGCGGGCUCUCGGGCAGUCGUUCGCCGAUGUCUUGGAUAGCGCCGCCUCGAGAGUAUAUGGGUGUCUUACCAGAUUGCGGGGCGUGCCGGAGCACGACCAAGACCUUGUGCGCGAAAUGGUAAGGCUUGCGUUUGGGUUUGAGGGCGAGGAAAUGGAACGGUAUCUGGCUGCUCUGAAGGUGAGGUUGCAGCAUGCCGGUGGGCCAAACAGGUCACGGCAUGGGGCAGUCUCGGGCGAUCAAGUUUUGAGGUGA